UGGAGCGGCCCCAUGAAGCUCUGAAAGACUUUCUCAUAAUUCAUUGAGGUUCCCUCUAUGAAAUACAGUAUAUAGCUCAGCCUUGGAAGGCCCACAACUUUGAACAGAUGAAAUUCAUCAUGAAAAAGACGGAAAACCAUGAAUUGUUGAACAGAUAUCUAAUAGUACAUUGCUAGAUUAUAACCAAAUGGUGAAUUUAAUCAACUUUUGGGUUUCCGUUUUCCAAGGAAAAAUAUGGCUUUCUUCAGUUAUCAGAUAAAAUUCCUUCACAACCACUUUUCUUGGUGGUUGGUACAAUAAUGAAUGGUUGUUUUAAAUUCACGGCAAUCCUAUCUCAAUCUCAGAUAUCCAAGUUCCCAAGGACCAAGCUUUUUUGAAGCAGUGAUUCCUGUUUGAUUCUCCGGAUCACGUGGUCGUUCUUCGAUGGCUAAGAAGAAGAGCUGGUUCAACCUAGUGAAGAGGUUUUUUCUCUUUGAGACACUUUCAAAAACAGAAAAGAAGGAGAAAAGAAGGAAAUGGAUGUUUGGAAGAUUUAGGACCAAAAGGUUGGCAUCCCUUACAGCUCCAUCACCACCAAGAGACAGGACAAAAAGUGAAACAGAGGAAGAGCAGGACAAACAUGCUUUAACUGUGGCCAUUGCCACAGCUGCUGCCGCCGAAGCAGCUGUUGCAGCCGCUCGUGUUGCUGCUCAGGUUGUUCGGCUCACUGGUACCCCUCAAUCUGACCAUAAAUGUGAAGGAGAAACAGAAGAACGUACUGCGGGUGUUCAACCUGAUUCCUCUUCAUCUAAUGAGCAGGAGAGGAAGAUCCAAGAACUUGCUGCCACUAAAAUCCAGGCUACCUUUCGGGGCUACCUUGCAAGGAAAGCUUUGCGGGCACUGAAGGGGAUAGUGAGGCUUCAAGCAAUCAUCCGAGGCUGGGCUGUGAGACGACAGGCAAUGACUACUCUAAAAUGCUUACAAUCAGUUGUAAAUAUUCAGUCCCAGGUUUGUGCAAGGAGAUUCCAAAUGGCAGAAGGUACUUGGCAAUAUGAUGAGAACAAACAGUUGCUAACAUUGAAAGACAAGAUUAUUAAGGUAGACAUAAACAGUCAAAGAAGGUGGGAUGAUAGCAUUUUGACAAAGGAAGAGGCAGAUGCAAUGGUUUUAAGCAGGAAAGAAGCUGCAAUGAAAAGAGAGAAGAUAAAAGAAUACUCAUAUGUUCAUCGGAAGUCAGCAGAAUCAGAACAGAACAAGGGUAAUGGAAGAUUAAAGUACUGGUUAGACGAAUGGGUGGAUACUCAAGUCACUAAAAGUAAAGAAGUUGAAGAUUUGGACUCAGUUCGGACUCCAAAUCGGAGGCCUACAGAGGAAGACAGAGCUAAACAACUAAGACUGAAGACGUUUCCAAGACGGUGUCAUUAUCAUUUAGAAGGAUUGGAUUCCCCAGCACCAGUUCCACGAAGAUCGUUUCAUAAAAAGCAGUGUUCUUUGGGAGAAGACAAUUCUUUUUCUACCUCUCCUAUAGUUCCAACUUACAUGGCUACUACACAAUCCGCUAAGGCAAAAGUAAGAUCAAUGAGUUCGCCAAAGCUAAGAACUGGAAGUUUUGAUACUCAGUCUGAAAGCAACUCACCAUAUAAGAACAAGCUCUCUCUUAUAUCUUCUCUUACAAGAGAAUUGCCCAGCAGUUGUAGGAUCAGUAGCAGGUCUAGCGCCUAUCAGCAGAGAUCCCCUAGCCUAAAGGGUGUUCCAGGCCCUGUAAAAUCAAAGCAAACCUUAAAGGAUCUUAGUUUUAACUCUGAAUGUUCAUUGCCUAAUUGGGUGCGAAAAAGCUCCUUCCCAUGAUUCUUCCAUUCCGAUCAUUAGGUGCUGGUAGCAAUUCUUUGUUGUUUUGUUGGUUUGAAGUGUAGAUGUUUCUUUGUGCUUAAACAAUUGAAUGAAUCCAGUUUCAUGUAACUGAUACUGAAAAACUCAGAUACUGAAAAACUCAGAUACUAACUAUAUAUAAAGGUACAGGCUACAAUAAGAGAAAUGCCAUGAGAGUAGAAAGUUUGGGAACCUCCAUCAUUAGGCACUUCCUUGGCCCAUGAAAAAUAACAUUUGUUCCAAUAUCCUAGCUGUGCAGCUUCACCAAAUGCAACAUUGGAGCCUCUCAGUGCCGAAAGUUGUAGUUUCGGACCACGACUACUCUUUCUCCAACUGUAAUAGCCACAACAAGUUGAGGAAGCAAAUUCUCCCCAGGGCCACGUAGGCACAACUAUUAUAUCAUAAAUUGCCUAGGCUCCAUUAGAAUGCCUCAUGGUGCCAAAACUGGCCACCGUUUUCAAUCGUUCCUAUCUUAGGAGAUAAAAAUGCUAGAAAAAGAAUUUCAAGAGGAAUGAAACCAAAGACUUCAAACAUCAAAAUGUUUAGAACAGCAUAUGAAGCCUCUGGCCUUGCAACGACUUCAAAGGAGAAAACACUUCAAGUGCUCCUACACAUUCUUAUUGCCACCUGCAGCACAGUUUUUCUGUCUUACAUUAAUUACAAAAAUCUUCUGUAUUUUUUUUUCAGAAAGAAGCAAACUUUUCUCUCUUCAUCAUUUAAUGGGGGUGCCAAAUUUUGUUAAUUCUCUUGCCAAAAUUCUUUUCUAAUUUCGAGUUGGUAAAUUUUGAUUCAGUUCCAAAAAUUUGGAUCGAGCCUAAUUCCACAUGUAGCCAUUCUAAGCGUGUAAAAGAGGCCAUGACCCAAGGUUAGAACAAACGGGACCCAAAAAAGUAGUUCAACCGCAUCGGCUACAGCUACACUUGAAUUUGAGGCUUGUCAAAGAAGAAAUUUGAGACAGAACAUAUAUUUUUUCUUCUCAUCAUAAAUAUAGCUAUAUUUAUAGAGUUAAAUGAUAGCAAUGAUUUUUGUUAGAGAUAUUUAGAAAUUAUUGUAAAACUUAAUUGAAAUGAAGUCGAGAAUCACAACAAUUAUAAAAUCAAAUU